AUGGCCCCCGAUAAGAAGGAUAAGAAGCGCAAGGCCCCCGCCGUCAGCGAGCCGCCUACCAAAAAGACCAAGAAGGUCGAGGCCAAACCCACCGAGGCUUCCAAGGAUGAUACCCCCAAGUCGAUUCUGAAGAAGAACGAGAAGAAGGCUGCCGAUAAGACUAAGAAGACCACCGUCGACGCCGCCCCGAAGACCAAUGGCCAAUCCGUUCGCCAGGCCAAGCCUCGCAAGCGCGCUGCUGAUUUCCUGAGCGACAACGAGGAGACCGCCCCCGCCCCCGCUGAGAAGAAGGCCGCCGGUAACAAGAAGUCCAAGAAGGAGGAGCCCGUCUCUGCUGCCGCCAAGAAGGGCACUUCCAAGGCCAAGAAGGUCGAGGCAGUGGUUGAAGAGUCUGACGAGUCUGCCGAUGAGGAUUUCUCUAUCGAUCCUGCCGCCUCCGACGACAGCGAGGAGGAAGAGGAGGACAUUGAGGAGGAUGACGAGGAGGAUGAUGAGGCCGAGGAUGACCAGACUGCUGCCCUUAUCAAGGGCUUCGAGAGCAGUGGUGACGAGGACGAGUCUGGAGACGAGGGCUUCGAGUCCGGCAAGCCGGUCCCCAAGAUCCCAGACUCCAAAAAGGUCAAGCAGAAGCUUCUGAAGAAGCAGAAGAAGAACGCCGGCACCAACGAGGAGCCUGGUACCGUCUACAUUGGUCGCAUUCCUCACGGUUUCUACGAGCACGAAAUGCGCGCCUACUUCACCCAAUUCGGCCAGAUCACCCGUCUCCGUCUCUCUCGCAACCGUAUCACCGGUCGCUCCAAGCACUACGCCUUCGUUGAGUUCAACUCUGUCACCGUCGCCAAGAUCGUCGCCGAGACCAUGGACAACUACCUCAUGUACGGCCACAUCCUGAAGUGCAAAAGACCCCCCUGGAACCGCAUCGAGAAGAAGCGCCUCGAGCGUGGCAAGACCCGUGAGCAGUGGACCGACCGCAUUGCCAAGGAGCAGAAGAAGCGUCUUUCCAAGGCCAAGAAGCUCAAGGAGCUUGGUUACGAGUUCAACCUGCCCCAGCUCAAGGCUGUGGAGGAUGUUCCCAUUCAGGAGCCCAAGGCUGUCGAGGCUGCUGAGACCACCGAGACCACUGAGACUCCCGCUGUCGCUGAGGAGCCUGUGAAGGCUGUUGAGCCCGCCCCUGCCGCCAAAGAAGAUACCCCCAAGAAGGCUAAGAAGGGCAAGAAGGUGGAGCAAGAGGCUAAGGAGGCUGUGACAGAAUCACCUGCUGCUGAGCCCAAGAAGAAGGCCAAGAAGGCUGGCAAGACUAAGACCAAGGCGUAA